CCAAAUAGUUUAAUUAAGAUGGAUCACAACACUUUAAACUUGUAUGAUGAAGACUAUUUGAGUGGGGAUGAUAUGGAUCAUGUGGUGGAAGAAAACAUUCAUGUAGGAGGCGAUUCUCUAAGGAGUACUGCUGAGACUACAAAAGGACAAGGUACACGUACUCUCAGCUCUGCUACGACGAGUAAAGCUCCCGAGAAACUCGUCUUUCACAACGAUUCGUCCAAGGAAAUCCAGGUUCAAAACGACAGUAGAGCGACGGCAACUCUAGAAACCGAAACCGACGAGCAAUUCGUGAGAGGGUUCUUAAACGAGCAGACGAAGAUUUGA